AGCGGCAGUCUCUCACUCGGGUGUAACGUUCAGGUGCGCUUCACCCUCAGAGGUGUAAACUCCUGAAGUCGGUGCGAUGGAUUAUAUCUGACUAACGGGCAGUCAUUUAUUUAAAAAACAAAACAAAAGAUGUUCGCGACGGCCGAUUAAAGUGAAAGUUACGAUUUACGGUCUCUAAUGACUUUGACCUUUUGCCACACUCUCCUCUGUAAGACUUUUAGGUUGGGGGUCCUAAUCUUUCUCUCCAUGAACUAACCCAUCCCUCACACCACUCACUGCUUCUUCUUCUUUCUUCAUCUUCUUCAGCUAUCUCCUGUCUCUCUUCUUCUCUACUGUCAUGUCUGUAUCCAUGAGGAACCAAGUCCAGCGCCGGCGCUCUCUGGGUCCUGUCUCGCCCAAACGCAUCUAUAGAAACCUGUCGGUGAGACUGAGGGGUGGAGAGUCAUCUGUUGCCACGGAAAUGGACACACCCAAACACUUCAGCAAGUCUGCAGAUGCUUACAAGACCUUGUGGGAGGCAGUGGAAAAUGAGGACACUUUGGCCGUACAAAGCCUGCUGUCCAGAGACCACAACAAUUGUGCAGGAGGAGGAGGUAGCCUGUGGGAGAGAGGGGAGAAGAAAGAGAAGGACUGGGAGAGAGAAAGGGAGAAGGGGGUGAACAGGGUGAGCGAACAGGGCCUGGUUCCCCUGGACGUGGCUGCCCUCACCCACAAUUCCCCUCUGCUCCACGUGUUGUCAAAGGCGGGAGCCAGACACAACCCUAUUUUGUGCCUACCGGCAGAGUGGACACUUAAGCUGGAUGCUCUGGUGGCACUGGCGGGUAAAAGGGUGGAGGAGAAGAAGAAGGAGUUAUUGAGGAAGGCGGGGACAGGGCCUCAGGCGCAGGCUGAUGUCCAGAGACACGUCCGCCUCUGGAGCCUCCGGCUGCAACUGUACCGCCGAAUGAGACAGAACUUCCAAAACACAGAGCUCCCUGGGCCUCCCAGUCACGUGUCCAUGCUGGUGACCAGCACAUCCUCUCUGUUCGUGACAAUCAAAGAGCCAGAAGAUACCAUGGUGCUCAUCACCCGCUACAGAGUGGAAUGGAGCACCUCAGCCAGCUUCAAACGCAUCCUCGGCUCAACCCAAGUCACAGAGACCAAGAACCCAACGUAUAGCAUCAAGGGGCUCACAGCAGGAGUGCAUUACUUUGUAAGAGUGAGUGGCUACAAUGUGAAAGGAUGGGGCCCUCCUCAGUGCACUACACCAGCCAGCGCUGCCCCCUCCAGUUGGAGAGAGUGCGUCAGCGUGAAGUCACAGUUCAGAAAUCAUGAGUGUCUUGUGAGGAAACUGCUGGAAGACGCCAGAGAACCACAUUACAGAGAAUUCUGCCUAGAGAACUCGAAGCCCCAGAGUCCCAGCAAGCGUCUGUUUGUGUCUCGAGGCAUCAAACAACUGUUCCAGUCCGCCACCAAGUUUGUUCGUCUCCUGCAGAGGGGCGUGUACUUGGCGACUGUUUUCUACCACAAGGAAAACAUCCUGGUGACGGCUGAAGAUCAAAUCCCACUGGUGGAGAUCAAGUGCUGCUGCACCUCCAUCACCCACGACUUCCUUUGGUUUGCAAAGUUGUCCUGCGCAUGGCAACAAGUGCCCUGGCUCCAGCAGGCCCUUGCCUUCGCUCAUUCGUCUCCUUCAUCCCUCCUUCAGAACAGGCACAACAUUUUGAGAGCUGUUUCCCAGCUGCAGUCUUCCCUGGGAACCAUGGACCUGGGCCAGGUUUACUAUGAGCCUCUGAAAGACCGGCAGGGCAACAUCUUACUAGUGACUCUGAAGGAGUUCCCAAACCCUACCAGCCCUUGUGACCCUCCGCUCCACUGGAUGCCCCUGGCCCGCCUGGAGAAGAACCGCAGCAGAACUCCUCUGCUGCCUGAGCCCACUGCCAUGGACAUGCUCUAUGAGCAGCUCAAGGACAAAAUCUCCCUCCACAGGCACAGCAUUCAGUGGGCCAAGCCAGGUCUGUACGUGGGCAUCCUGAAACUGUGCAGCUCAGUGGAACAGAUCAGGGUGCUGGUGCCCCAAAGGCUGCCCAAUGUGCUCUGCCACACGCGGGUCCGACACAAUGCCCAUGUUUCCAGAGAGGAGUGGGAAUGGCUUCAGAGUCACGUUUACACCACAGCCAAUGACAGCGCUCCGAACCUGUUGAGCACUGAGGACGAGAGCGCGAUAGAGAGCAGCGGGCUGGCGGAGUUCGUUAUGUCUCUGAGAGCAGCAAUCACACAUCUCCUGACGAAGCUCAACAUCCCCCUCUACAGGGCGUAUCAGUAUGGUGUGUACACCCGGGAGCUGCUGCAGUUUGGAGACAAGCUGUCCAUGCUGCUGCUGCUGCCUCCCAGUGAGGACUUCAGCUCCAGCUACUGGCCUCUGAUGGGGACCAAAGAGCCAGGGCUCACUAUGCCUCUGCAGAUCUUUGAGCUGGUUCACUUCUGGACCUAUGAACGGGACUUCCUGUCCCAGUACUGCCAGGCCUGGGUGCGGCUGGAGCUGGACACUCAUCUGGCCCAGCAGGCUCUGCGUGAGGCGCUGGACACCAAGGAGAUGCAGGAAGCCCGAGAGCGCCUGAACCACAUCACUGAGCUUUCCCAUCGUCUGGAUGUGGUGUGGAGGGAUGCACGUUGGAUUAUGGACUGUCUGCAGUGUGUUCGGUCCAAGCAGUGGGUGGGGGCGGUGCCUCUGGGCCUGGUGAUGGGAGGAGACCCGCCGCCACGUCCUGAUGGUGAGGAAGAGGAGGAGAGUUUGACGGCCAGACUGACGUGGCCCCAUCGAAUACAAGCACAGAGAGCCAUUGCAGAAUGUUUAGUCAAUGUGACGCCACCAAAUGUCGUUGCUACCGAGACCGCCGCGCCUUCAGGAAUCAUGGUUGUCCCUGCGGAAGCCACACUGUUAAUGGAGGGUGUCGCCAAGGGGGGAUACCCUGUCGACAUCACCGCCCAAUCAACUUUAGACCUGACAAGCAUUGGUGGCCAGUCAGAAUUAGGAUGUGCGAGCGCUUUAAUCGAAUCUGGACUUGAGCCUGGUGCUGUUGCACAGUUAGAUGUGGGCUACACAGUUCUGGACACACAGGACUCCUUCAGCGGGGAAUCGGACUUUCCUUGCAGCAUCACCGAGGUAAUCCAACCAAUGGAGAUGUCAGAGUUGGUGGACAUCUUGCCAACACUGAGUCUUAUUAAAGAAGAGGAGACCCCCAGUGACCCGUCCACACCAUCAGUAAUGGAUAUGCUGGAGAGCUUUGGACUGGGGAUUGGUCAAAACAGCACCUUCUUUGACAUAAAGGAUUCAGACUUGAUCAACGGAGCUGGAUGUCUGUCACAGCCAGACCUGCACUAUGACAGCAGCUGCCGUAGUUCGAGAGAGACUCACUGUGAGAAUACAGACAUGUCGGCCUCUCGUGCCAAGGCAAAUGCCACAGGUGGUGACGUGCCUGUUUGCUGGGAUUUUCCUCCAGAGAAAACAGAGACUCAGCAUGUUCCCAGCAAAGGAGCAUACUUUCCAUUGAGAAACCAGGUGGAGUGGGACAGACCCGCCGACAGUUCAUCCUGAUAUCGACUCAAGCACCAGCCCACGUCAACCUUGUAUCGAUUUAAAACCAAAUCUGUGGGCUGCCUGCAGCACCGUUUAUGUACCGACAGUAUAUCCUAGUUCGACUAUAUGGUUGGAAAUGACUUUUUUUGGGGGUAGGCAGUUUGUUUUGCAUUUAUAGGGCAACAAUUCCAUAAUAACCUUUAAGCAUAUUGUAGUUCAAGUGGUCUGCACCUCCUCUAGUCUGUUUUCAGGCUUUAGAAAAUGUAGCUUGUGACGGGAGAUCAAUCACAGGUCAUUUCAGAGAAAGGGCGUUCGUAUUGGCUCCUAUUGGCUAAAGGAGAUGCAUGUGCACAUCCCUUCAGAUGGUGAAAGCCUGAUACAAUGGCGUAUAAUCCUCCAGAAAACUUUGCAAUUCCAUCACUGGCAACAACUGCUUCAACACGUGUCAAUUUCUGCGAAGCGUUUCAGAGAUGUAGAGAAAUAUCUUUUGCAAAUAGUUCAGCCUUCUGCUAAACGUAGCUGCGGCUAAUUCAAGUUCAUGUUAAUGUAGCUAGCUCGAGCCUCGACUCACAGUAUGUCAUCUCAAAGGGCUUUACAGGCCCACAAGUUUGCAAAGAAAACAAUUCUGAUAGAAUUGUCGCUACAUAGCAUCAUUGGGAUCACAACCACAAUCGGGAUGAUUGAAUUCUGCCGUUAUUUUGCCCUUUACGGAAAACUGCCUACCCUAGCUUUAAUAUUAACUGCUGUGGAGGAAAUUCAAGUGACUUCUACAUACAACUUCAUCUAACAAUUUAGGUCAUUUGCACAUUUCUGGGCCUGUAGUUUAUCUUUUCUAAUGUUCAGUCCAUUAGAGCUUAUUGUGUGGGAAAAACUAAGCUGUAGAAGUAGUUUUUAUGACUUGACCAUCAACCACUACAGCACAAAGCUGCUCGAUGGAGCUAGUAAACAAACUCAUUAAAUGCAAUAAUAUUCCGUAGAAUGGAAGUGUUUGCAUGUGUAAUUGAAUCGUUGUUUCUUUUUGGUUUACCUGUGUGUACUUUUGGCAUACCAUAACAAAACAGUAGCAAGAUUUAUAAUCGUGUGGAUUAUACAUUAACUGCUCUCGGUCCAGUUUGCCAGUUCUGAAAUCCAAGUUCUGCUGAACCUGAAGCCGAGAAAUCUAAUGAGGGAAGAAAUGCAAUUCAUGUGGGGGCUGCAAGAAACCAAACUCAAGAUGUCAAGGACAGUACAGGAUGAUCGUUAGUUAUGUUCUCAAAUUGUUCUGCACUACAGAGGUCUAUUCAAAAGCAGGUUUUCAAAAAGUAUAGUAGUAGUAGUAAUUCGCCUGCAUUUGCCCAUUAUGUAGCAUUCACAUUCCAAAAAAUGUUUUCUGGGUCUGAAUUUGUUAAGGAACAUGAAAGUCAUUCACAUUCACACAUUAAUGUCAGAUCUUCUUUUGCUUUUGGCCUUACAGUGCAUCGGUAUUUACUGUAUCUUUACCUCCUCCUGCAGAAUCCAGUCAACCAGAGAUUAAACUACAGCUCAGAGAACAUGCAGCCUUGUUAAAGAGGACAUAUCAUGAAACUCAUGAACUCACCUUUUCAGUGCGCAUACAUUUGGGUAUUGGCGUGAGAAUUUCCUUUAUAAUUUUUUCUCACAAGCCAAUCAGGGCAGACUGGGCUUUUUCAGGACGGGGGAUUAAAGAGACAGGCGCUAAAAUGGAGCAUUUUCAUGGAGUUUAUUUUACCAUUAAAAAGGAUGUUAACAUGUUCUAGACGAAACCAAAAACACAAGUAUGAACCUGAAAAUUUGCAUAAUCCCCUUUUAAAUGUUUUAGGAGUGACCAGAAAGAGAGGGAAUUGUGCCGAUUGGAUGAAGAGUUUGGGAGGGGGAUGCCUUAAAGGAUUUACUACAGGAACAAUGCAGACAAAACAGACAGAGUGAGUUGGUUCUCCUGGUUGAACCUCUGCUAUUGUUUGUUUUUUUACAACAGAGCAGCAAGUGAAGUGAUGUAUUCAAGGCAUAGGUUACUGAAAAUACAAGAAUAGAAUACAGUUGAAUAAAACAUAAUUGCUUUUCAGUGUCAAAAAAAAGUCCAUACAUGGCUUUUUGCACCAGGCUUUUUUUUUUAUAGGAAUAAGCUAUUUAAGUUAGUUAUAACAUUUUAACAUCAUGAACGGUAAUUAUGUAUUAAACUGUAUGAAACUGCCUAAACUAUUGUUAAAAAUCCUAUUAAAUACAUUUCACAUACUG